CCACAGCUUCGCAUCAUGGCGUGGCUCCAGCUCCUGCUUACGCUCUGCCUGGCCGCCGGCCUACAGGCGGCCCCCGAGCGACCGGAGGGUGGCUUCUCAUGCCCCCGCCCCCAGGGCCUCUUCGCGCACCCCUACGACUGUCACAAGUUCCUGCACUGCGACCAUGACCAUCCGUAUGUCAAGGACUGCCCGGCCGACCUGCACUUCAACCCCAAGAUCAUGGUGUGUGAUUGGCCGGAGCAGGCGGGCUGCCGUCCGGGCGCGCCCACCGACCCGCCCACGCCCGACGUGUCGCCUGAGCCCGGCAUGGAGUGCGACUGCGAGUGCUGCCUGAAGCCCAACGGCGACGACUGCACCACCUUCUACCUGUGCAAGGAUGGCAAGGCCUACCUGGAGACUUGCGCCACCGGCCUGGUGUUCAACCCCAACACCCAGAACUGUGAUCUGCCCAGCAACUACGACUGUGGUGGUCCCGAGCCGACGCCCAGUCCGUUUGAUUGUCCCACCGACGGACUGUUCCCCAAUCCGGCCGACUGCCACACCUUCUUCCACUGCUCCAAUGGAAUCUCGUACAAGAAGAACUGUCCCGCUAACCUCGACUUUGACGCGCGGACAAAGCGGUGCGAGUGGCCAAACCAGGCCGGCUGCCGGUACCCAGCCUCGACCACUAAGAAGCCUCCCGAACCCACUACGCGCUCCACCACUACAACCAAACGGCCGGACUUCGACUGUCCCACCGGAAACGGGCUCUUCCCCAAUCCGGAGGACUGUCAUACGUUCUUCCAUUGUUCCAAUGGAAUCCCGUACAAGAAGGACUGUCCAGCUAACCUCGACUUCGACGCCAAGACGAAACGGUGCGAGUGGCCAGACCAGGCCGGCUGCCGGUACCCAGCCUCGACCACUAAGAAGCCGCCCGAACCCACCACGCGCUCCACCACUACAACCAAACGGCCGGACUUCGACUGCCCCACCGCAGACGGGCUGUUCCCCAACCCGAAGGACUGCCAUACGUUCUUCCAGUGUUCGAACGGAAUUCCCUACCUAAUGGACUGUCCGGCCAACCUCGAAUUCAACCCGGUCCUCCUCGUCUGCGAUUGGCCAGAGCAUGCCGGCUGCUCGAAUAAGACCACACCCACUACGCCCGCAGUGUCCCCCACCACACCCCGCACGCCCGCUACCACUCCCAAACAUCCAGGCUUCGACUGCCCCACCAGCAAUGGGCUGUUCCCCAACCCGAAGGACUGUCACUCGUUCUACCACUGCUCGAACGGGCACCCUUACCUGAAGUACUGUCCCGCUAACCUUGAGUUCAACCCGGUGCUCCUGGUGUGCGACUGGCCCGAUCACGCUGGUUGCGGCGACCACCCGCAGCCCACGCCCGACUACCCGGUCACCACGCCGGUGCCCGACGACGACAUCGUCUGCCCGAACAAGAGCUGCGUGUGCAGGCUUCCGGAUAAGAAGGACUGCAGCGGCUUCUACCAGUGUCGGGACGGCAAGGCGUACCACAAAAGCUGUCCGACCGGCCUAGUCUUCAACCCCGACACGGAAGUGUGCGAUCUGCCCGCCAAUGUGGACUGCGGCGCCCCCACUACUGCCAAACCGCCGCCACCUACCACCACCCGCACACCUGCCACCACUCCCAAACAUCCAGGCUUCGACUGCCCCACCAGCAACGGGCUGUUCCCCAACCCGGAGGACUGUCACUCGUUCUACCACUGCUCGAACGGGCACCCUUACCUGAAGUACUGUCCCGCUAACCUUGAGUUCAACCCAGUGCUCCUGGUGUGCGACUGGCCCGAUCACGCUGGUUGCGGCGACCACCCGCAGCCCACGCCCGAUUACCCGGUCACCACGCCGGUGCCCGACGACGACAUCGUCUGCCCGAACAAGAGCUGCGUGUGCAGAGUACCUGAUCCCAAAGACUGCCACAAAUUCUACCAAUGCAAGAACGGCAAGGCCUACCCGGUGAGCUGUCCCACAGGCCUCGUCUUCAACCCGGCUCUGGAGGUCUGCGACUACCCUGGUAAUGUCCCAGGCUGCGCACCAACGAAACCGACCAAGCCGACCAAGCCGACCCGUCCGACCCGGCCGACCCGGCCUACCAGGCCGACACACAAGCCCACGCCAGAUUCAUCCAGCUCUAGCUCGGAGUCGGGAAGCGGAUCUCACCACCACCACAGCAGCGACUCUGAUUCCGGCUCCUGCUCCAAGCACCACCACGGCAGCGACUCGAAGCACCACCAUGGCAGCGGCUCUCAUUCGAAGCAUCAUGGCAGCGACUCGAAGCACCACGGUAGUGGCUCGAAGCACCACCAUGGCAGUGGCUCGAAGCACCACCACGGUAGCGGCUCGAAGCACCACGGCAGGGAGUCGGCGGAGCGCGUGAAGUCGUCUGCACCUGCUCUGAAGAGCUCGCCUCUGUACAGGAACCCGGACCACGGCACUGUCGAGGACGAUGAUGGCUUCUUGGAGGCCCAGUUCUGCCCGAAGCCGAACGGCAAGUUUGCGUCCUCCAAGUGCCACUACUACUACCACUGCGUGGACGGCGUGCCAACCAUGAAGCGCUGCCUGCACGGCACGCGCUUCUACGCCAAGGGGUCUCGCUGCAUUCCGGGCAGCUGCUGAGCGGCCGCUGGGCAGCUACUGGGCGGCCGCUGGGCGCCUGCUGGGCGGCCGCUAGGCGCCUGCUGGGCGGCUGCUGAGCGCCUGGUCAGCGCGUAGUGGGGGAUGGUGCUGCAGAGGCUGCUGACCGUCGCGGUCCAGAGUGAAGGCUAGUCCGGUCGAGAACGUGAGGACGCUCGCGCCGGCGGACAGCUCACUGUCCACUCAGCUGCAGCUCUGUGCGAAAGGCUCUUCCGGAUCGUGUGCUUCUAGCUUAUGUAGAACUGGCUUGUGUGCACUUGGGAGAAGGUGGUACGCGCUCUACGAACGGAUGCCUCUUGCUGCUUACGCUUGGACGAUGAUGGACUCUUGCUAGUGCAUCUCCUCUACUGCACCGCGUGCUGUUGCUAAUGCACCUCCUAACCGCACCCCGUCGCCACGUAUCAGGCACAUAUUAGGCAAUAAAUUUGCACGUCAUGA